CAUCUGUCAAAAUAACAGACUCAGAAAAUUAAUACAAAUAAAAUUAUCAUGAGAUUGAUAUAUAAUAUUCUAUUUGCCACCUUAUGGAAAAAAUGUAUAUACAAUAAUCCAAUAAACACGUGUUACUUAUAUACGUAGUAUACUUCAUAUGUAAUAAGAACAGUACGGUUUUACAAAUACUUUCAACUGUAUUUGUGUAGAUUUUAUCGUGCUGAAAUUUUUAUUCACUUUCUACAUGAAUCACGUAAGCUGACGAAAAAGAAGAAAUCCAUGAAACAGUAUACAUCGAAAUGAUUGAGUUAUGUACAAAAAAACGAAUGUUAAUUGGUAUAACAUUAUUAGGAGGAUUAACAAUAUUGGUAUUAAUUGUUGAAAGUCAUUGGACUGAUAAUUCUAAUAAACUUUAUUUGGAGAAUUUUGAAAAUAAUACAAGAUGUGUUUCCGGAGAUGAAUAUGAAAUAACAUCAGAAUGUCAUCCAUGUUCUGCUUUUGAAAUAGCAAGUAAAAGUAUCGAUGUGUGUAUUCAUGCCAGAUAUAAGGAAGUUUUAAAAUGUAAAAGUGGAGAAGCUAUAACAAGAAGUUGUGACAGGGUAGCUUGGUUAGAAGAAAGAGCAUUUUGGAAGUUUGAAGCAUUUAUGUUUCUUUUGGCAUUAAGUUCAUGUAUUAGUGUUUAUUGGAGAGAAAAUGUGCUGAGACAAAGGAUAAUAAGAAAAGUGGCUAGACAAUUAAGAGCUAGUGUAUAA